AUGAAUUCUCUACAAACGCUCAAUAAACGAAUGCGAAGAACAGUUUUCAACUACGUGAAAAGACAUUUAUCGAGCGAAAUUGAACGUCAGAAUGAAAUUUUCACGAACGAGAAGUCCCGACAAAGGCAGGCUGUUGGUAGAAUUGAGAAAAUCAGCAUCAACUACGAAGGACCACAGCCCGAAUCCAAUGAAGUUUUGAUCAUGAAUAAAAAUAUUUCUACCCCAUUCGAUUGUGCUAGACAUUUGGGAGAUACAGUGAGCAAUAUGUCGGUUGUAGCUUUAUUAAAUGGGGAAACUUUAUGGCACAUGCACAAACCGAUUCCGGACACUUGCAAACUCCAAUUCCUCCAUUAUCAAUCACCGAACCCGGUUUUAGUGAAUAAAACGUUUUGGAGAAGUUGCAGUUUCCUUAUGGGUGCUGUAGUCUCGCAGGCAUUUAAAGAUAACAUUAAAUUACAUUUGCAUAGUUUUCCUAGUCCUAACGUGAAAUCUGGAAGUUUUGUUUACGAUGUACAGUUGGAACUCGAAGACUGGAAACCCACAGCUUCGGAGUUAAAAGUAUUAUCGUUGGAAAUGAUUAAAUUUUGCCAGAAAGAACUACCGAUCGAGCACUUGGAUGUUUCGAAAGACGUGGCAUUCGAGAUUUUCAAAGAGAAUCCUCAUAAAACCAAACAAAUUCCGGACAUAGCGGAAAAUAACGAUGAUAAAGUUACAUUAUUCAGAGCCGGUACACACAUAGAUAUAUCCAAAGGACCUAUGAUACCUAAUACUAACCAUAUGGGGAGAAUAACCAUUGCUAAUGUUAUUAAAUUGAAUACUGAUAUUCCCGAUGGGCAUAUUUAUAGAUUCCAAGGUGUUGCGUUACCAAGGAGCUUAAUUCUGAAUCAUUUUGCCUAUGGAUUAUUGGAAGAUCGGGCCAAAUUAUUGAAUCCUGCUCGAAUUCCUGGUUCUCAAGUAGUUGACAAUGAAGAUAAUAGUUUCGUAGCUAGUAUGACAGCAUAA